AUGAGUGGUAUUUGUUAUCGACUUUACACUAAAGAGGAAUACAACGAAUUUAGAGAUCACGCCAUUCCAGAGAUCCAAAGAUGCAAUUUAGCCAAUGUUUUGCUCCAUAUUAUUGCCAUUGGAAUCAAUGAUGUUUUGAAUUUUGAUUUUAUGGAUAAACCAUCGGAAGAUCUAACAGCCGUCGGAACACUUAUGGUUAUAUUCCCAGUGGAACCCAAAUUGUCCAAAAUGAUAGUCACAUCUAAGUCGAUGGGUUGCACAAAGAUAUGGCAAAUGAAGUCCAUAAGAAGUUCAUCUCAAGUGAAGGCGAUUUAAUAAAACUUUUAAAAGUUUAUAGAAAUUUUAAAACAGCGAAAGAAAACAAAAAAUGGUGUAAAGAAAACUUCAUUCAUAUAAAUAACUUGAAAUUAGCGACUGAUAUAAAGAAGCAAUUGUCUGAUCUCUGUUUGAAAGCAAACAUUCCAUUGGUUUCCUCUAAUAAUAACACAGAAGUGAUACGAAAAUGUCUGUCCACUGGACUCGUAUUCAAUACCGCAUAUCUUCAAAAAGAUGGCACUUAUAAAACUAGACUCACCAAACAAGAGGUUUAUAUCCACCCGUCUUCGUGUCUGUUCGGUACGAAACCUGAAAAUAUAAUAUUCAAUGAAUUGGUCCAAACAUCCAAAUGCUAUAUGAGAAACAUAACUAUUAUUGACAAAGAUUGGCUUUCCUGAUGAUUAUGUAUUCAUUAAUAUUUCAAUUAAAAGAGAUAUGAAUUUUUAAAAA